GACAGCGUCACUGUUAUCGUCAGGCUGUCAAGUCUAUGUCAAAAAUGUGAAAUUAUUUUUAAGUAUUUUUAAAUAGCUAAACGAAAAGUUCUAGCAUUUAUAGUAAAAGAGGUUACUUAAGUGACGGUAUUGAUAAGCACCAAGAAUUUAAAUCGUAAAGAAAAACACGGAAAGAUGAAUGCUGAGAGAGUUAUUGGUGAUGGUGCUCAAAGGAAUGCUGGGCCAGUUCCAGUAACAUUGCCUUUGAAUCACCGAUUUGUUCAGCCUGAGAAAGCUGUCAAGUCUAUCACUGAUAUGGCGAUCUGGGAGAAAUCAGAGGCAUACAUGGAAUACACUGGUUUUAUAGCAACAUUAAAUGAAGCUAUUAAAGGAAAACCAUUGUCUGUAGAUUGCAACGUUUCUGAAAAUGUUGUUAAAAUAAUGAAUAUGCUUGAAAAAAUUUAUAAGUUAAUUGAUGAGUUUCCUCCCAUUGAACAACCACAAAGGUUUGGAAACACAGCAUUUAGAGAUUGGUUAGCUGAAGUGAAAAACAACAGUACAUUAAUUUUACAAGAAACAUUGGAUCCUAAGCUUCAUCUAGCCAUACCUGAAGUAAAAGUGUAUUUAGAGGAAAGUUUUGGGAAUGCUACUAGAAUUGAUUAUGGCACUGGACAUGAAAUUUCUUUUGUCAUGUUUUUAUGUUGCUUAUAUAAAAUAGGAGCGUUACAAUCUGAAGAUAAUGUUGCUACUGUAUUCAUGAUAUUUAAUAAAUACAUCAAUAUAGCAAGAAAGUUGCAAAAAACAUAUACAAUGGAACCAGCAGGAAGUCAUGGUGUUUGGAGUCUAGAUGAUUAUCAAUUUAUACCAUUCAUUUGGGGAAGUUCACAGUUGGUUGACCAACCUAAAAUCUAUCCACCAGUGAAAUUUCUUGAAGAUGAGAUUAUUGACAAAUAUGCAAAUGAAUAUAUAUUUCUAUCAUGUAUAAAAUAUAUUAAAGAAGUAAAAACUGGCCCCUUUGCAGAACAUUCUAAUCAGUUGUGGAGCAUAAGUGCUGUAGGUUCAUGGCUAAAAAUCAAUCAAGGUCUUAUUAAGAUGUAUAAAAAAGAGGUACUCAAUAAAUUUCCAGUAAUUCAACAUGUUCUUUUUGGAUCUCUUCUCCCCAUACGUAGAUUUCCUAUUACUCAUUAAUUUUUUAUCAGUGUGACAUUUCCUAAACCUAGUUUUUUUGGAAAUCAGUAUUAUAAAUAUUGUGCAAAUUGUUUUUUUAGGGGUCAUUACAAAAAAAGUAAAUGUGAUAUUUGUCUAAAAUUAUUUAACAUCUUUUUAAUAUACUAACAGAG